UGACAACUGAUUGUUUUGUGGUUCAAUAAAGUGAUCGUUUAAAGGAAAACUGUGAAAGCUAAAUUUUCACGUAAUAAAAGACAAUAAAUUAUAAAAUGUGCAAUGUGACCUAAUCGAAUAAGUGCAUUGUAGAGUUUUUCAGUUCGUUUUAGUUAGGAUAUAAAGUCGUGACAAUUGUUUUCAAAAAUUUUCACUUGUCUUGAAAAGACAAUGGCGGUGCUGGUGGAGUAUUGUUUGGCUGCUGUGUGCUAAGUUUCCUUUCUUUUACUUCUUUUAUGAUAAAUAUGAAUACUAGCAUAGGAUCGGAUUACGAUUUUAAUUCCGAGGAAAAUGCAUCAAAAUGGAAAGGUCUUUUAACUGCUGCUUUAAAGAAGGUUUUGGAGCAAGUUCAUCCUUCUCUUGGGGCUCGUGACGAAGCUCUAGAGUAUGUGGAGAGCUUAUGUUUACGACUUUUGGGUAUGCUUUGUGCUAAGCCAAGUCCACACACUGUUCAGGAUGUUGAAUCAAGAGUUCAGAAUACAUUUCCAACUCCUAUUGACCGAUGGGCAUUAAAGGAAGCCCAAGAGGCAUUGGACAGGGGUAAAAAGAAAUCAGUUCUCUUGUUGCCAGUAGAUAAGAUUCAUCAUCUUAUGCAAAAGGAACUAUUGUUGUACAAGGUAGAUUCCACAGUGUCGCUGUUUCUAGUUGCUGUGCUAGAAUACAUUUCUGCCGACAUUCUGAAAUUAGUGGGCAACUACGCAAAGAACAUCAAGCAUGUUGAAAUAACUUACCAAGACGUUCAGAUUUCCAUGAAAGUGGAUAAGGCUCUUAUGGAUAUGUUCUAUCAGGAUGAAGGAGGGGGUAAUCUGACUGAACGUAUGAGCGAAAUACUUAUUUCCGCAGCUCCAAGAACGAGUUUGACGUAUGAAGAGACUGUUAGAGAAUUAAUAGCAUCGGAGAAGGCGUAUCUUAAAGAACUGCACAUGAUUAUUAAAGUUUUUAGGGAGGAAAUAAAAAAAUUAACUCAAGAUCCUCGUGAUAUUGAACUGAUAUUUUCAAAUAUUAUGGAUAUCUAUGAACUAACCUACACUCUUACUGGCAGUUUAGAAGAUGUGAUGGAAAUGGCUCAAGAACAAAUGCCGUAUAUAGGAAGUUGCUUUGAAGAACUGGCUGAAGCCAAAGAAUUUGAUGUUUACUGUAAAUAUGGAAGAGAUGUCACGUCAUCAGUUUGUCGGCAAACUUUGUUGAGUUUGUUAUCCAGACAGCAGGCUGCUCUGAAUACGGCUGGUCAGGGCAUGCCAUUAGCUUUAAAGUAUUGCUUACCGGCAUUACUAACCCACCCAAUUUGGCAUUUCUUUUCCUAUAUGGAUUAUAUUAGAUUACUAAUUGGAUUAUCACCGGCACCCGAAGACAAGGAAAUGUUAACUGAAGUUGAGGGAAUGCUAAAACCGCUGCGCGACGAACUAACUCACUGCGUACCCUCGCAAGCAAUGCCGAGAAGCUGCGCUAAGUCAAAUCAAGUGAAAACUAGGCGAUCCGCGGCCAUAGAAAAAAUUCAAGAACUGGAAAAAAUUGUAGAAAAUUGGGAUUCAAAAGAUUUGGGCCAAUGCUGUAACGAAUUUGUUAGAGAGGACGUAUUGACAAAACUGAGUCAGAAAAGACUCACCGAACGACGGGUGUUCCUAUUUGACGGUCUUAUGGUGCUUUGCAAACCUACCGCCUCAUCCAGGAGACAGAGUUCUAUACAUCACACGUCACACCCAGAGUGUCGGUUGAAGGAACGUUUCUUUAUGAGAAAAGUUGACAUUAAAGAUCAUGAAGAUACUGAUGAAAUUAAACACGCUUUUGAGAUUUUACCAAGGCAGAUGCCUAGCGUUAUGCUUUGCGCAAAGAGUUUAGAGGAGAAAAAUUCGUGGAUGGCCGAUCUAGUCAUGUUAAAUAAUAGGUCUAUGUUAGAACGAGUCUUAGAUAGUAUAUUAUCUCAAAUAGAACAGCAACAUCCUCUGAAGCUGCCUUCUCCAGAAUUGUAUAAAUUUGCAGAACCUGAUUCUGCUGAUAAUAUUAUUCUCGAACAAAGAGAGAAUGGUGGGGGUGUGCCUCUUAUAAAGGGAGCAUCUUUGUACAAACUAGUUGAACGUCUUACUUAUCACAUUUAUGCAGAUCCCAAAUUUGUAAGGACUUUUUUAACAACUUAUAGAAGCUUUUGCUCACCAAAUACCCUAUUAGAUUUACUUAUAGAAAGAUUUCAUAUACCAGAUCCGUCAAAAGUAUACGAACAAGAUCCAUCCGACACUGAUAAAAUACAAAAGAGUAAUCAGAGAGAAGAUUGGAAGAAAUAUAGGAAAGAAUAUUGCCAACCAGUACAAUUUAGGGUUUUAAAUGUAUUACGACAUUGGGUGGAUCAACAUUUCUAUGAUUUUGAAAGAGAUCUCGAACUGUUGACUAAAUUGGAAGAAUUUUUGGAUUCUGUAGCGGGACAAAAUAUGAAAAAAUGGGUGGAAAGCGUUAAAAAGACGAUAAAAAGAAAGAAAGAGAACGACAACCAAAGGCACAAGAAUAUAGCUUUUGUAGAUAUACCUCCUCAAAUAGAAUGGCAUCUCCCAUGCACCGCAGAAGAAUAUGGAAUAUUAACACUACACCCUUUAGAAAUAGCUAGGCAGCUUACUAUUAUAGAGUUUGAUCUAUAUAGAAUGAUAAAACCAAGCGAGUUGGUUGGCGCAGUGUGGACAAAGAAAGACAAGGAUCUCACUAGUCCAAAUUUAUUGAAGAUGAUUAAACAUACAACUAAUUUUACCAGAUGGCUGGAAAAGAAUAUAGUGGAAGCAGAAAAUUUUGAAGAAAGGGUUGCAAUAGUAAAUAGAAUUUGUGAAAUUAUGAUGGCUUUGAAUGAGAUGAAUAACUUUAAUGGUGUAUUGGCAAUUAGUUCAGCUAGACAGUCUGCUGCUGUCCAUCGAUUGAAAUAUACAUUUCAGGCUAUUGCACAACAAUAUCGCAAAGUAUUAGACGAAUGUAAAGUGGAUGAUCAUUUUAAAAAGUAUCAAGAAAAACUCAGAUCUAUAAAUCCACCGUGUGUCCCCUUUUUAGGUAUAUAUUUAUCUAACAUUCUGCAUAUUGAGGAAGGCAAUCCAGAUCAUUUGCCAGGAACACAACUUAUAAAUUUCUUCAAAAGGAGAAAAGUGGCCGAAAUAACUGGCGAAAUCCAACAAUAUCAAAAUCAACCAUAUUGUUUUAAAGUUGAGCCACAAAUUAGGAACUUUUUGGAAAACCUAAAUCCGUUCGGGGAGAUGUCAGACACAGAGAUUCAGAAUUACCUCUAUCAGAAGUCAUUGGAAAUUGAACCGAGAGGAUGUAGACAGUUGCCAAAAUUCUCUAGAAAAUGGCCCCAACUAAGCUUGAAGAGUCCAGGGAUUAAACCUAAACGUAGUGCUGGAAGUGUGGUAACAAAUUCGCUGAACACAAUGAGCUCAACCAUAAAAAGUGAUGAUAGCAAGAGUGAAGAUUCGUCAAAAAGUGAUAACGAUUUUAGUGUGUUUGCAUCAGUUCAGCUAGGUACAGGGCAGAACAGUCCAACAUUGAGUCCAAAUUCUCCUGCAGCUCCUUCAAAUCCGAUUAUGAACUGGUUUAAUCACACAAGAAGCCCCAGCGUAAGUUCUGUUAUUUCUACAGCCUCUUACCGAGCUGCGAGGUUGUCUGAAAGUGGCAGCAGUAUACAGACCCAUAUAUCUCAUCGCCAGACUCACUCAACUAGUUCCACUGGUGCACCUGGUAGCCCUGGCGCGCCACAUACUCCAACUUCACCUGGGCCCCAUCCACCUUCGUCUGCUGAACCAAAUAGUCCUCGACUGCCUCCUACACCCCCUCCUCCUCCUCCACCACUACCUCCAAGAAGGAGAAGAGACAGCCCUGAAAUUUCCUCACCACAGCAAGGUAAACAAUCUUCGACGGCACCACCCCUACCGCCAAAGGAUCAGUCUCCGCCGCCCCUCCCCCCUCGACGAGAACCCGGCGCGUCGCCCAACCAGUACGGAGGAUUCCAUUCGCAUACAUUGCCACACCCCAGCCACUACAAUCAUCCGGGGCACGCCCAUUUAAGUCAUGCCCCCGCGGUGGCCUUACCCCUUAGACCGACCCACGCGUCUCAGCUGCACAUGCGGAGACACGCCCACAUGGCGCCCAGGACGACGAGAGAUCAAGUCACUUCGGCGAACGGCGGCACCAACAUACCUCCGUCGACAUCUCCCGCCAAACCGCCGACCAUUUCGCCGCGGUACGGUUCGAGCAGUACCAGCGAGUCCAGUUCCGGCCAGAUCACACCGCAACUACCUCCCAGGCCCGCGGUACGGUCCGCCGGUUUCGCUCACGGCACCAUGUUCCAGUACCCGAACACGACGACUACCUAGGAUCAAGGUAUAUUCAUGACAGUCAUCAUUCCCUACCAUCCGUGAAGAGGGCGCCUCCGCGUGAUUAGGUUUUAAGUCUCUUGAUAAUACAGAGUACCGAAACUAUCUGCAUUUUCACAUUUAAAGAUGGGAAAUAAAAAAUAUGAGAAUAUUUUUUUUGUUUUACGACCAAUACUGUAUCAAAUAGCAUCCAUUGGUUGGUUAUAGUGGCAAGUGUCCUUGCUGCUGAUUUCAGAGUACCGAGAUUGAUAACCAGCCGGUAGGGUAGCUCCAAGGACUGUAUAUAUUCUAAAGGACUGUUCGAUCGCGUCAAAUCGCCGCUAUCGUAGUCGCCGUGGA